AUGAACAAAAGUACAGUACUCCCUGUUGUACUUUACACUCUGUUGAGUGAGGUUGGUUGUACACGAGAUCUCCAGGAAAGCUUGCAGGAAGAAGUGGAAAAAAUAAAUCACAAUUUGCAAAAUAUCAAUUCGGAUGAAGCGGCACUGGAUACUAAAAUUGAUCGUCGCAAGCGCGAAUAUGACCAACAACAAAAGCGACUGGCAAAACUGCAGGUAACAAGACGUAGUAAAAUAAAAAUCAAGCACGCACACUUUGUUCCAAAAAUGCACCGCAAGAAACACUUUCAAAUUCACCCUUUUACGCGUUUUUUGUAG